AUGAAUCGUGCCGCACCACAAGCCCUUGGCACACGUCCUAUUCCUGUAGGCAAGCCCAAUUGUCUUGCAGGCUAUACAUUUGUAUUAUCCGGUGAAUUGGAGACAUUGACAAAGGAGCAAACCAGCGACGUCAUUAAGCGUUACGGAGGUCGUAUUACUGGUAGUGUCAGCGGUAAAACAACGUUUUUGGUCCGUGGACGGGAUGCCGGUGCAUCAAAGACAGCGAAAGCAGAGAAACUCGGGACCAAGAUCUUGAAUGAAGAUGGGUUUUAUGAAUUGGUGGAAGGCGAAGAGUCAAAAGGCGGUGAAGCAGCCCAGCCAGCGAAAAAGACCACCAGCAAGGGCAAAGGCAAAAAAGACACUAGCAUACUGUCGACCCCAGACGACCCAUCGUCUCGCCAUCAACUGUGGACCGAGAAAUAUAAACCGCAAUCAGUGGAAGAAAUUCUUGGUAACAAGGAACUCGUGCGAAAAAUUUCAACUUGGCUGGAACACUGGCAAGAAAAUAUGGCCAAAGGUUUUCCGGCCAAUGCAGACAAGGAUGGCUUAUCUGCCUAUCGAGCCAUGCUCCUGAGCGGUCCACCCGGUAUCGGUAAAACCACAACAGCCCACGUUGUAGCCAAGACGUACGGAUAUGCCGCCUUAGAAUUCAAUGCCAGUGAUGUCCGUAGCAAGCAAGUCCUCAAAAAUGAAACGCGUAUGCUGAAAGGGAAAAAGGUAGUACUCAUCAUGGAUGAAGUCGACGGUAUGUCAGGCGGUGACCGAGGAGGGUCCGCUGAACUCGCUUCUCUUAUUCGAAAAGCCAAGAUUCCCGUAAUUUGUAUCUGUAACGAUGUCCGUUCUACUAAAGUCCAGCCUUUAUUGCGUGUGUGUUAUGACGCUCGUUUCAAAAGAGAACAACUGGAACUUGAUCCCAAUGCUCUCGAUCAACUCGUCCACGCGACUGGCAACGACAUUCGACAGAUAUUGAAUAUUCUCUCAACCUUUCGGCUUAAAGAAACAUCGAUGGAUUACGAUCGCGCAAAGGCAGUUGGCAAAAGCAAUGAAAAAUAUUCCCAAAUGACCUUGUUUGAUAUUCCGCUGGCAUUGCUUAGUCAGUCUUCAUGGCGAAGCAAAACGCUGUCGCAGAAAUCCGACGUAUACUUUCACGAUUACAAUAUGGCCCAUCUCAUGAUGUUUGAUAAUUAUACAAAAAGCGAUCCAGAGAAAGCCAAAAACAGAGUCAAGGAAGAGAGUUCUGAAGAAACGGAUUGUCGUAGAAUGGAGUUAAUCGCGCAAGCGGCUGAAGCCAUGGGUGAAGGUGAUCUUGUAGAUCGUAUGAUGCAUGGUUCUGUACAGCAUUGGUCGUUACUACCGGUACAUGCGAUUCUUUCUUGCGUGCGACCGGCGUCAUAUAUGGAAGGCAGCUUGGCAGGCAACCGCCUUACAUUUCCUCAAUGGCUGGGACAAAACUCCAAAAAGGCCAGAUAUAUUCGGGAACUCCAGGAUGUACAGAAUCGUAUGCGCAUGCGAGCUUCUGGCGAUAAAUUUGAGAUUCGCCAUAAUUAUGUACCAACGUUGAUCCAACGUAUCUUUGUCUACCUGAAAGAUGGGCAAUACGAUGAAGCCUUCAAAAUCAUGGAUGAAUAUGGAUUAAGUAGAGAAAAUCUUGAUACACUCAAUGACUUGGAGAUCGCCUCCAAGAAACCAAUGUCCAAGCUACCGAGUGAAGUACGGACGACAUUUACAAAGCUAUAUAACAAGCGGGAGCAUCCUGUGCUCUUCCAAAGCUCAGGAAUGAUGAAGAAACAAAUCGCAAUCCCCACUGAGGAUGUGGAAGGCACGAUUUUCGGUGAGGAUGAAGAUGACGGUACGAAUGAAGAGGAAAAUGCGGCAGAUGAAGCCUCCGACGAAGAUGUAUCAAAAGAUAAGCUUAUCAAAGAAACGUCGCCGAAGAAACGCCCUGCUCCUGCUGCUGCUGCUGCUGCCUCCAGCCGUCGAACCAAGAAACAAAAGGCUUGA